CCAUCCUGCCAGCAUGCCCCGGGCAUCACCACUGCCAUGGUCACCGUGGGGCCGGCCUGGUGUGAAGACCUUGGUCAUUGCCGGGGUGUUUGUAACUACCCUCUGGAACUUGAGGUGCUUCCUCAACCCCUCCAAUGGCUCUAGAGAAGACUCCAAACACACAGAGCCACUGGUAGUGCUGGUGUGGGAAUGGCCCUCGAAACAGGUCCCCAAUGUCAGUGGAGACGUGUGCCAUGAGCUGUACGGCAUCACAGGGUGCUGGCUCACCACAGAGCGGCAGCUCCUGCACCGGGCCAAUGUCGUGGUGUUCCCCCAUGCCAGGCUUCAGCCUGGACAGAACAGGCUGCCCAAGGAGAGGCCACCAGGGCAGAACUGGGUAUGGGUCUCCCUGGAGUCCCCCUCCAACACCAGAGCUCUAGCAGGAUGGAGCCAGACCUUCAACUGGGUGAUGACCUAUAGGCAGGACUCAGACAUCUUUAUCCCCUAUGGCAAGCUUGUGCCCAACCAGUCAGCCACUAUGAACAUCCCUGCAAAGACCAACUUGGUAUCCUGGGUUAUCAGCAACUACCACAGGACUCAGAAAAGAGCUGAAGUCUACAAAAACCUCUCCAGGUACCUCCAUGUGAAUGUAUAUGGGAAAGCAAACAACAGACCCCUCUGCAAGGACUGCCUCUUGCCAACGACAUCCAAAUCCAGGUUCUACCUAGCCUUCGAGAACUCCAUCCAUCGGGACUACAUCACGGAGAAGCUCUGGAGGAACUCACUGCUGGCUGGCACUGUGCCCGUGGUGCUGGGGCCACCCCGGGCCAACUAUGAGCAGUUCAUUCCCGCAGAUUCCUUCAUCCAUGUUGAUGACUUCAACUCCCUGGAGGAGCUGGCCACCUUCCUGAAGACCAUGAACUCCAGCCGCUACCGUCAGUUCUUUGCCUGGCAGAGGAGGUUCAGUGUGAAGCUUUACACUGACUGGAGGGAGCGGAUCUGCACCAUCUGCACCGCUUACCCCCACCUGCCCCGCGGCCGCCUCUAUCCCGACCUGCAGAGCUGGUUCAACUCCUAGUGCGUGCCAGGACCAUUGAGAUGUACCCAGGCAGAGGAUACAGGGGUGGGAGGCGUGGGAGGCCCCCACCUGCAUACCAGGAUGCGGGGCAGGGAGGGAAGGAAGGGAGGAUCACUCUCGUCCCAACCCAGCUGUUGCCACACUGGGACCUUGAGCAACGCCCCAUAACUUCAUUUUGCUGACCCAACAACGACCACCUUGCCAGGGUGCUGGUAGGACCAGAGGGUGCUUUGGA